CGUCAAGAUGGAGUGCAAGGCUCCGCCGCAGCCGUUGCCCGUCGUCAACCAGCACACCCAGGUCCAGACGCGCGACCUGGACCGCAAAGUGCUGCGGGAAACGCUGUACUCGGAGAUAUUCCAGAGGCACCGCAGGUCGAUAUUCGCCCUCGGCUCGUUCCUCAGGAUGUUGAAGACGAAAAAGUCGAACUAUAACGUCAUCAAGCAGGACGGCGAGUCCGAAACCGAAUAGCGACCGUACCGUAGUGCUAGGCUGUAUAUCUAUAGUGACGUAUUCCCCCUAAACCCGUUGUUACUUUUGAUACUUGGCGCUGUUUGUACGAUCUAUACAGGAUUUAUCUAUACACUCAAAUAAAUACGUAAGAAUAACGGGCGCGCUUUGGUUAUGUUCGGGAAUGUGACUACCAGUGUCGCCACCACACGCUGACGUUGCCACGUCUGCCGCGUUACACGAUGUCACCUUUGAGGCCCUGUGACUGGUGCAAGUUUCAAAUCACGCAGUAAAAGGUGUCGGUAUAAACCAUAUAGCUAUUAGAUAAUAUAGUGCUACAGUAAAAAUUCACCCACUUUUUUUUACAUACAUACCGCCGCAAAAAUACCGUAUCCACACUUAUUGACGAUCUGUCAGUACCGCAAUGUCAUUGGUUAAAAACCUUCUCAAUUUAUUUUACAUAAUUGCUUCAUCGUCUACUAGCUAUAUGGAAUAAACGAUAAACAAGAAUUUAAGAUAUAAAUAUGAAAAAUCUUCACCUACAGGAUGUUUCAUAAAAUGUGUAUGGCUCUAUUUAAACAUUUGGUUUCGCAAAAAGCGCCACAAAAACUCAUUCGUUUAUUUAUUAUUUCUGAAACGGUAAAGUGCGUGUAAAUGAAAUUAAGACCACAGAUAAGUUUUCAUGGCUGAAAGUUCAAAAUUUAAAAUAUUUUUACUUCAUACUUGUUCCUGAAGCAACCGCCAUUAUUCCAGCCGGCAGUAACUUUUAGGACCCGAUCAACGAUAUCUUCAGUUUCAAAAAUAAUUUCAAUUAAAAUGAAGAGGAGUAUUCAAUCGACGCUAGAAAUUGGCGGAGCUUUUUUUGAAACGCCCUAUAUAAUCAUCAAGCAUUGAUGACGAACAAAAUAAUAACGCAAGCUGAACGCCUUGGACCAUUUUCAUAUACAUAUAUUCGAAGUGACCUUCGGGAUUCUGUAAGUUGAUUGGACAAAAUUACCUUUUCUUCUAAUUACUUUUGCCGUACUCGAUUUCAAAUCGUCUAAAUUGCAUCAUUGACCCGUUAAAAAUUGAAAGUCAAUGUUAGCAAACAAGGCCUCUAUGAAUGAAAAUAUAAUAAACAAACGUUCAACCCCGUACGCCCGCAUCAUGAAACAGCCGUCGCGAAUAUCAUAGGAUCUGGCAACGUCGUCGUUGUUGUGCCGGAAGUACAUCACAAUCACAACCUUCGUUUAUUAUUCGCGUUACGGAAAUAAUGUCGGGUCGCAAACGUGUUUUCAUAAAACGAGGACGGCGUUGACUACGUGAAAACGCCGUUUACCGCGGCCCAGUUAGGCGUUUGUCACAUCAAACACAUCAAAUUGUUUUUGUUCAAUAAAGUUGAUAUUUUAUUAA